AUGAGCAGUUCCGAAGAAGUCUCCUGGGUAACAUGGUUUUGUGGGCUGCGCGGCAAUGAAUUCUUCUGUGAGGUUGAUGAGGAUUAUAUACAGGAUAAAUUCAAUUUAACCGGUCUAAAUGAACAAGUACCAAAUUAUAGAAAUGCACUUGAUAUGAUUCUCGAUUUGGAACCAGAGGAAGAUCUGGAAGAAAAUCCCUUGCAGUCGGAUAUGACGGAGCAGGCAGCUGAGAUGUUGUACGGCUUAAUACAUGCCCGAUACAUCUUGACAAACCGCGGUAUUGCGCAAAUGAUCGAAAAAUACCAAACUGGUGAUUUCGGACAUUGCCCACGUGUAUAUUGUGAAAGCCAGCCCAUGUUACCUUUAGGCUUAUCAGAUAUUCCUGGUGAGGCUAUGGUGAAAACCUAUUGUCCCAAAUGUAUUGAUGUAUAUACGCCAAAAUCAUCGCGUCAUCAUCACACGGAUGGUGCAUAUUUCGGCACAGGAUUUCCACAUAUGCUCUUCAUGGUACAUCCUGAAUAUCGUCCAAAACGGCCGACUAAUCAAUUUGUUCCAAGACUUUACGGCUUCAAAAUUCAUAGCUUAGCUUAUCAAAUUCAACUGCAGGCAGCAGCCAACUUUAAAAUGCCACUACGAGCG